AUGGGCGAUAUUGAGCUCUUCAACACCAAGUACAGAGGUACUACCGGGACCGGCAACGGAGCAGAGGCUUUUGUGCUUUUUCCUCAGCUGCCGACCGAGCUGCGGCUCAAGAUAUGGACGACGUACCUCGAGCGCAAUCGCAUCAUCGCUAUCAAGAUGAUGGAUUCGAGGCGUCCUGAGGAUUUUGCACCAGGAGUCACCAGGGCCCCGUCCUACACCGCAAAGAAUUCGCUAGGGAAAAUCGUCAGCGGCAACCCCUACUGCCUCAUCUCUAAAGCGCCCCCCCGGUACAGCACCCUCUUGAGCGUGAACAGCGAGGCAAGAGAGGCUGCGCGCGUCUUCUACCGCGUACGGUUCCCCUGCUUUCGCCUGACAGCCAGGGAGAGGGCGAAGAUGAGGCCCAGACCGACACACCCUUUCGAAUUGUACUUCAACCCCGAGUUCGAUUUCUUGUACGUAGAUUAUGGCGCAGAUGUGACAAUGGUGGACUUGGUCUGUGACCUCAAGGCCUACGACCCGAAAGAUGUCGGACUGCUGAACCUCGUGGCGGGAUUCCGGGCUUUCGAACCCGCCACUAUUCCACCACAGGCUCUUCAACCGAUUACAGACUUCCUCCAAAAUAUACAGUCCCUUUGGUGUCCCAAGGUCAUAGAUCCCACGAGGGUUUCAGACUACAUGAGUAGCUUGAUUCCGUUGUUCUCGGCCACCGACAUCUUCGAUCGGAUUGGGCGUGACCCCCGGCAGCUCAAGAUGCCCCCGAGUCUCUUUGCACGUCAACUCCCUCAAUUCCCCAGACCCAGAGCGCAUGAUGGCUUGUGGCUCGAUGCCUGGCGUUGCAUGGCAAAGAGCUUCGACAUCCAUCGACAAGCGCCACCCGACAUCGCGCUUCUCAUGGCCAAGAGACAAAGCCCACUUCGGUUCUAUAGACACUGUGCCGUGGGAUACUUGGAAGAGGCACAUGAAACGCAGGGCGCUCAAUCGUCUAGUUCGAGGUCCGACAUGCUAGAGAAUCCAACGAAGCAAGAAGCGUCGGAAGGUCCUGACGAAGGAGUCGAGAUUCCUGUUGGGUUCUGGUUGUUUUCACCAGAAGCUAUUGAAUCACUCCAUUCAGAUGCGCAACUGAUGAACGACCAUGGUGGCGUUGACUUUGGAGGCUCUGGCACGGCUGGGAAUAUGCCUAGGUCAUGGCAGCCACAGCUGUGCCUUUUCGACUUGCCAAAUCGUCAUGGGUAG